UUGAAAUACUCGAUGAGCAAAGUUCAUUUUGGUUAAACUAACAGUUUCAGUUGUUGCUAUCCUAUCAACGAGGAGGAACCUUGACAGUUUUCAACAUCUAGAUAUUAAUUAAUUGGACUGGAAAUUUUUAAAUUAGUCAAAGGCUUCCGGCACGCUCUUCUCCUCAGCGAUAGCUCAAGGGAAGCUUUCCAACUUAUCGCCCAGCCGACUUGGUCAUCAGCGAUAAGAAGCAAAAGAGGUAGCGUCAUUGCCGUGAUUUCGUUAGCGGGUUGCACGGACACGUAACUCUAAUGGAAGACAUAGUUCCCGAUGUUUUGGAUAGCGUGCCCAAGGGCACGCUGCAAGUGAUGUAUGCAGGAAGGCACUUUGUGGAGCAGGGCAACGAGUUGACCCCCACUCAGGUGAAGGAUGAGCCGCAUGUGACCUGGGUGAGCCCCGAGAGCGAGGGCCGCGAAACCCUGCUUACCCUGCUCAUGGUGGACCCAGAUGCUCCUAGUCGCGUGGAUCCUACAUACCGUGAGAUUCUGCACUGGGCCGUGGUCAAUAUUCCGGGAGAUGACCCACGCGCUGGGUACGCUCUUGCGGAGUACAUGGGCGCGGGUCCGCCGCUGAACACUGGACUACACCGAUACAUAUUCCUGCUCUACCGUCAGAGCCGCAAGAUUGAGGAGACAGAGAGUACACCCAAAAACAUUCGCAAGGGACGCCUGAACUUUAACGCCAGGGACUUUGCAUCCAAGCACCAAUUGGGAAGUCCAAUUGCGGCUAACUAUUUCCAAGCACAGUACGAUGACUAUGUGCCCAUUCGCAAUAAAACGUUCACCGGCUAGUCGUUCUUGUUUUGCUUUUUUUCAAUAUCUUGCUAAGUGAUGCAUUCCCUGUGCCGGCUGAAUAAAUUGUACCCAAUCGCUUAUCGCAA